AUGGCCCCCACCGCCUCGAGUAGUAACCCGCCAGCGAAGAAAGCUACGGCUGCUCCAGAGAAGAAAUUUAAGUGCCAGUUCUGCAAUCGUGCUUUCAGCAGAAGUGAACAUCGCAGUCGCCAUGAACGAUCACAUACCAAAGAACGACCUUUCAAAUGCUUAAAAUGUCGGAGCACCUUUGUUCGAAGGGAUCUGCUCCUUCGACAUGACCGAACAGUCCAUGCUAAGGAUGGGGGUAUUCCGCUUGUAACGGAGGGCCGUCGACGUGGUGGACAAAAAGCGUCAACAACAUCAAAUGCUCCAUCGAAGCCGUCCAUCACAAUAGACCCUGCCGCUCUGGGACAGAUUGAGGCAAGCAGCGACGGUAUGGUUGACAUUGAAACUGCUGCGAUGUUAAUGACAGACUUCCAACACAAGGCCGCUGCGGCAGCCACCAACCAAAACCAUGGUGACGAUAGUCGCGAUACCUUUUCCCCCGAUCGUGCCGUCAUUCUCGAGCCUUCCGUUGCAUAUCUGUCCGGUAACGCGACCUUGCCCCAGAUGCCCUGGGAUGCUUUCAUGUCGACGCCAGAUAUCAAGUCGCAUUCGAUAUCGUCAAGCCUCACAUCCCAAGACUCCAAUCGCAACCAUCACCACAGAUCCUCUCUCGACAGACAUGCCAUGGGUACCGACGGCCUGACACCUGCAUUACAUUCGCUGGUCAACUCUCUCCCGGUUUCGGGCAACUCGACGCCCAAUGCUCUUUCACCGUUCCCUUCGAUGACUGGCCCCUUGUCCCCGGUAAACUAUCGUCGAUCGCCUGGUCCAAGCCAACCCUUAAAGCAACCCAGAUCUCCCCAAAUUGCAAACGACGCUGAGCGAGAUGCGAUUAUUGAACAUGUCAAGAGUAAUGACGCCGUUGGUUCUCUCCCUGAUACCUUCCAACUACCGUCAACAGCUGCUCUAAAUCGGUAUUUGACUACGUAUUUCAAUCUCUAUCAUCAUCAUCUACCGUUCCUGCAUCAGGAGUCCUUCUCUCCAUCCAAGGUUUCGCCGCCAUUGCUUCUUGCUGUGCUGUCCAUUGGCGCCCUAUACACUUUUGAACGCGAGCAUGCCUUCAUGCUUCAUAUUGGAUCAAAGGUUCUUGUUAAUCAGUUCCUGCAACAUAAAGAGAAUUUCGAUUCGAGAAAAUGUCCCCUCUGGGCAAUGCAAAGCACUCUGUUGAAUAUGAUCUUCGAGAGCUGGAGUGGUGAUCCGAAAGGUCUAGAAUGGACCUGUUCGAUCAAGAGUCUGCUUGCUAAUAUGGUUGCGGGUAAUCGUUACCAGUUGAAACUUCGUAUAGAUGCUCGAGAAGGCGCACGACCAACCCGCGAGCAAUGGAUCGAGGAUGAAGGUUGCCGACGAACUUACUACGCUGUGUAUAUCUUCUUCGGAAUGCUGACACUUACGUUCAAUCAUACACCAGCUAUUAGCUUCGAUGAGAUUGAAUCCUUGGAGCUUCCCUCUUCAGAGUCAAUGUGGAACCUCGAGAUAUCGAAUGAAGAUGCGUGGCGCCGAAGCCUGAACUCAGCCUCGCCUCCUGUCACAGUCCGAGAAGCCCAUGAUAGCCUUUUCCGUGGCGAAUCCUUAAGAUACAGCGCAUUUGCUACUCGCGUAAUGAUCAAUGCUCUUUUCCUCCAAGUCUGGUCCCACAAACGCAGCUUCCAGGCUCUUCAAGAUGUUGUAACCGAAUUUAGGCUACGACUUGCGAUCGAAACUUGGGAGAGCUCGCUUGAGCUGUGUGAACCUGAAACGAUCGCUCCUCCACUCAGUACCCCGCAAAACAGCCACCCGCUAAUCUUCAAUUCAAUGGCUGUUUAUCGGAAUACUCGUGCUCGACUUGAAGUUGAUUUGAAGUCGAUACAAGAGGCCCUUCGAUACCAUUCGUCCUACGAAGUUGCCGCUGCCAUGACUGUCGCCCGUGAGAAAGUCAAACGAUCCCAAGAGAUGAACAAGGUCAUCCAACAAUGCUUUGAAUGCAUUGAAAUAGCUGCCAUUCAAGGCAUCAAUUGGGUUGCGAAAACUUCCGCAACUAAUUGGAGUGUGGAACACCCUCUCUGUGGUUUGGAUAUGAUGGUGAUUCUAAGCCUUUGGCUCUACCGUCUGGAACAUGACGACGAACAGGCCACUGAAGCUGAGAUGGCUAUCUACAACAAAGUGCGGAAUCUCUUCGAUGAUGAUGCUGUUGAUGCCUGCGGGUCGAAUCUCAGCUCUACGGUCGCCCGUGUGUGGGGCAACAUACUGGACGGCGUAGUCGUUUGGGGGAUCACCAAGCUCAUGGGCGAGUCAUUCAAGCUUCACUCGCAGGCUUUGGUGGGAUAUGAGGAUUCAAUGGUGACCAGCAGUUCGGAACACACACUGGACCCCAUGCCCACACAAGGCCUUGCAAGUGUUGGAACAGCAUAUUAA